AAGACACAAGACGCUCUCAUCUUGUAUACACCCGCGGGCCUCUGUCUUCUUCUCAUCGCCUCGGGUAGAGUCUGAUCCUGGGCACCCUCAUUCUCCUUCAGCACCAUUCUUUCAAUUUUCACACAUGUCCGCCAACGUCACCGGCUCCUUUCCCCCCGUGUCCCCCUCAGGAGGCAUUGUCUCCCGCCUCCUCGACGGCAUCAACGGUUGGACACUCAUUUUGAGUGCCGUUGCUGUCAUUCUCGUCGCUGAGCAAGUCCGCUAUCGUAACCGGAAGCAGGGCAUUGCCGGCCCGGCCUUCACCAUCCCAAUCAUGGGCGCGUUUUUGGACUCGAUGCACCCGACUUUCGAGGGGUACUUUAGCAAAUGGGAGUCUGGCGCACUCUCCUGUGUCUCUGUGUUUCACAAGUUUGUGGUGAUUGCAUCAACAAAAGACCUUUCCCGCAAGAUUCUUAACUCGCCCAUGUAUGUCCAGCCCUGCGUGGUGGAUGCUGCCAAGAAGAUCCUGAUGAAGACCAACUGGGUCUUCCUUGAUGGUAAGCCGCACGUCGAGUACCGCAAGGGUCUGAACACGCUCUUCACGCGCAAGUCACUGGCUCUCUACAUCCCUGAGCAGAUGGCCGUGUACGAGCGAUACUUUGCCGAAUUUCUCAAACUCUCAGAGAUGGAGCCUGUGGCUUUCAUGCCUCACUUCCGCGACCUGAAUGUGGCCGUCUCCUGCAGGACCUUCUUUGGCUACUGGAUCAAAGAUUCGCAGAUCAAGCAAAUCUCCGAGGAUUACUGGUACAUCACUGCUGCUAUGGAACUCGUCAACUUUCCCUUGGCUUUGCCUUACACCAAGGUCUGGUACGGUAUCCGUGCUCGAAAGACGGUCAUUGCUGCCUUUGAAGAAGCUUCCGCCUCUUCACGUAAAGCAAUGCUGGCCGGUGAGAAGCCGACAUGCAUGGUGGAUCAGUGGAUUGUCAGUAUGAUUGAGGCACAAAAGUUUGCCAAGUCCGGUGGCGACAAGGCUGAUAUGCCAGCGUCUGUGCUCAUUCGUGACUUUUCCGACAAUGAGAUUGCUCAGACCAUGCUGUCCUUUUUGUUUGCCUCGCAGGAUGCCACUUCUUCUGCCAUGUCGUGGCUCUUCCACUUGCUUGCCGACAACCCAGACAUUUACGGCAGAAUUCGUCAGGAGCAGCUCGAUGUGCGUGGCGGCGACCCAAGCAAGGCAGUGGAUAUGGAGAUGUACGACCAAAUGACACUGACCAAGGCGGCUGUGCGCGAGACGUUGCGUUUGCGACCACCUGUACUCAUGGUCCCGUACCAAGCAAAGAAGGACUGGAAUGUCACGCCAGAGUACAAAGUUCCCAAGGGUGCCAUGGUGAUUCCCACAUUCUGGCAUGCCUUGCACGAUGAACAGGCCUUCCCUGAUCCUCAUGCCUGGGUGCCUGAGCGAUGGAUUUCUGGUACUGCGAAUGCAUCCCCACAAAACUGGCUCGUGUUUGGUGUUGGUCCUCACCACUGUCUUGGUCAAGCAUAUGCCAUGGAGCACUUGGCCCUUGCUGCGGGUCUUGCUUGUCUCAAGUUUGACCUCACUCACCACAAGACAGAGGUGAGCGAGAACAUCAAGAUUUUCGCCACCAUCUUCCCAGAGGACGAUGUUGUUCUUUCUUGGCGCAAAUCCGAGCAUCACUGCUAGAGAAGCCGAUUCAAUCGGCGUUGACCCAGUGUUUGUAUUCUUACAUAGACUUAUACCGUUAGUGCCGUUUAUGCUUC